CAAUGAGAUUCAUCUACUCUUGUUGACCUUAUAGUAAUCUUCAAAACACAGAAAAACCCAAUUUGUUGUAACAUGCAUUUGUAUUUCAAAACUCUGUUGGCAAUAUUCUAUUUUGCACAGGUUUAAAAUGAGCCUUACAGACAUUCUAAGCCCUUCUGACAUCGCUGCUGCUCUGCGGGACUGCCAAGCUCCAGAUUCCUUUAGUCCCAAAAAAUUCUUUCAGAUCAGUGGGAUGUCUAAAAAGAGUAGCAGCCAGCUGAAGGAGAUCUUCCGGAUUCUCGACAAUGAUCAAAGUGGCUUUAUUGAGGAAGAUGAGCUCAAGUAUUUCCUUCAGAGGUUUGAGUGUGGAGCCAGAGUGUUAACCGCCUCAGAAACCAAGACCUUCUUGGCAGCUGCAGAUCAUGAUGGGGAUGGUAAAAUCGGGGCUGAAGAAUUCCAGGAGAUGGUGCAGGCUUAG